UCUGGCCUUGAUUGAUUUUUCUACUCUCAGGCAGAAGAGCUCGUGUAAACAACAACAUGUUGAGAGGCGGAACGAAUAGGCCCACUGCAUUUCCUUUCUUUGACACAUUGUGCUCUUUUGAUUAGAAGCCUGCUUUUGUUAAGUUUUCUGUCUUUUCUUUUGCAAUGGCAUCCUACAAACAGGAGCAUGAAAAGUUUGUAACUGGAUAUAACGGUACAACAUUCAGUGAAGUUACGUUUGUGACCGGCAUUUCGUGCAUUUCCUGCUUCGUCAGAGAAGCAGGAGUUUUGCUGCUCUUUAGACUCUUUCAAGAAGGAUCAAGGACAAGUAAUUUCCUAUGGAGGUUCUUCUUGGACUUUAUGGUGCUUGUUCUGCCAAAUAUUUUGAGCGUGACAUUGAUGAGCGACUACAUCAUGGAGUUGUUUCUUGGAAUCAUUGCCUCUUGUGUCAUGCUGUACUUUGUGUAUAUGAAAACUGUUGCCUCUAAGUCUCAUCUUAUUCUUCGUAGUGAAGUAAAUCUCAGUGAUAAAAAGACGUUUGUGACCAACUUUAGGUCUAUUAUAAACAUAUGUGCAGCUGUUGGUAUUUUGGCUGUUGACUUCCCUAUAUUUCCUCGACGAUUUGUGAAAGCAGAGACGUAUGGAUUUGGUCUCAUGGAUACUGGAGUGGGGUUUUAUGUCGUGUCAAAUGCUAUUGUCAGCCCAGAAGCCCGCGGAAAGCUACCCAAUCUGUCUCUUGUUGUUUCUCUUAAGAAAGCUGUGGUAUCGUCUGUUCCUCUCUUAGUCAUCGGAUGUGCAAGACUGGCUACUGUGAAGGGAAUUGAGUACCAAGAGCAUGUAUCUGAGUAUGGAGUCCACUGGAACUUUUUCUUCACCCUCGCUGCAUUGAAAGUCAUGUGUACAGCUGUGACCUGCCUUGUUCCAGCGAAUCAAUCAGGUCCAAUGGGUGUUUUGGUGUUGGUUUUAUAUCAAGUGGUUCUCUCAAACUUUGGUGGUUCCAACUACCUUCUUACAGGGAGCGAUGGCAAAGGGGGAAGAACUGGAGGAUUCUUUGACGCCAAUAGAGAGGGCAUCUUCACUUUGCCCGGAUAUGUCGCUAUCUAUUUAUUUGGCGUCCAUCUUGGGUGCUUCAUAUUCAAACAAAGGAAAAGCCUGAGAGAAUGGCUUUCAGCUGCAGUAAAAAUUGCAGUCUCUGCCUUAGUUUUCGCCUUGUUCUUGAUGGUCUGUCAUUUGGGAGUCCAGCCUGUGUCCAGAAGGUUCGCCAAUGUCACGUAUGUUUGCUGGAUGAUGUGUGCCAGUAUUCUGAUGUUAUUGGAGUGUCUCCUCGCCGAUAUUGCUGUGACCUUCAUGAAGUCUGUUAUGCACCGGCCCUUUGAAGACAGCCAGUCCCAACAGUUUGUAAAGGUGAAAAAGGAGAAUUCCCCUGACAACCGCCCGGUAACAAGAUCAAGGGCAAAGGAAAUGUCUUCCUCUGGAAAUAGUUUAGAAAAAAUAGGAGCCACGCUUGACAAAAAUGGGCGAGAGGAAAAACUUGCGAAAAGCUCCCAACCCUCCUUUUGCUUGCUGGAAGCUGUGACAUACAAUUCUUUGUUGUUUUUCCUGUUGGCCAAUGUCAUGACUGGUAUCGUGAAUCUGUCAGUGCCAACUCUCAACACAGGUUCUCAUGUCGCUGUUGCCAUUGUGAUAGCUUAUAUGGGUGUAUUGUGUCUAGUUAUUUCGGUGUUAAGGGUAAAAAACAUUUCAACUAAAUUUUGGUGAUCCUCAGAAAAUCAUAUUUUUAUGGUCUCAGGCACAAACCAUCUUUCUCAGAAUUUCCCUCUGUUGCCUUAAUGCUUUGAACAGCAGGGGAACCUCAUUUUACACAUCUUUUUAGGUCGCAGCCAUCAAACCAAUAUAAACGUGCCAUACUGUCAUGUGAUCAAAGCAUCUUUGUGGCCAACCAUUUUGAGAAAACCAGUUUUUCCUUCUCCUGUAAAAAGUAAAGCUUCAGACUGGUAUUGUUUGUUCUCAAGUGAUCAAUAUAUAGUACACUUGUUUGCCCUAAUUUGUUGUCAUUUAAUUUUAAUGAACUUGCUGAAUAAUUAACUAUAUAUGUAUACAGAGAGAGAGAGAGAGAGAAAGAAAUUGUCAUAGACAGCCAACCAUUGUCUUGGAGAAAAGUGGAUGUCUUGGAUUUGUAAUUAUAAUAGAAAAAACACAAGGAAAUGGAAAGUGGUUGUUUAUAGAGGUGAUUGUUUUGGACAGGUGGCUGUUAGAGCAGAUUUGACUGUAUAAAUACAGUCAAACCUACAUUAGAUGGCCAAAUGUAUAAGACAAUCGCCUGUACAAACAACCACUUCCCAUUUUCUCCCUCGUGUAUCUUUUACAUCAUAAGAGGUCCACUUAUCUCGAGAGCCGCCAAGUAAACUAUGGUAAGUAAUGUUUUUCAAAUUUUACUGGAGAGACAAAAAACGGAUUUUCUUGAAGCGUUUUGGUGUAUAUAAACUUCAUUUUCACAAGGGAGCCUAAUGUCUGUCAUGGCAUUUGUAGGCUCCCUUAUGAAAAUGAAGUUUAUCCACCCAGAAAGCAUCAAGAAAAUCUGUUUUCUGUCUCUCCUGUAAAAUUUGAAAAACAUAGUUUACUUGGCGGCCCUCGAUCUGAGAGGGUCACUUUUUUCCUCGACAAUGGGUAGCCGUCUUAGACACAACUUCUACUAUUUGUCACAUUAUUUCGUAUGCGGUGCCCAAACAAGUUGGGUUUUUCUGCAAACUGGAACUCAAAAGAUGUAUUUUUGGAUAUGACGGCUCAACUUUCAAUCAGAGAAGUAGUAUUAAUGGACCACGUUUCAUAUUUUUCUGUCCCCAUCGUUUUAUGCAAGAAAAAUUAUGAAAUUAUGCAAAAUGAGUCCAAAAACGUGAAAUUAUGAGAUUCUGUUAAUUUAAGUACUAAGAAUAAUAAUAUAAAGGAAAAUAAUCAUAAAUUAUGCAAAAAAUGAUCAAAUUUUGCUAAAUUAUGCGGGGUGCAUAAAACCACGGGGACAGGUUUUUGCUUUUCAGUCUCUUUCCAGUAUGGACAGAAAUUUUCAGAUUUCUUGUAAGUGUAUUACCGAGUGCACACCACCAAUCAAAUUCUUUUGAUUGAGUCGAGGCUGGCUAAUUUUCCUUGAUGGAUGGGGAAAACGAAAAAUUUUGUCUCUAUUUGACAGAAUUUGACUUAAUUCAGCUGAGAUCUUCAAAAUCAAACAUGUUUGUCUUUCAACGUCAUGAGUCGAAUUAGCCAUAGUGUACCAGAAUGGUAGCUUAUGUCCCUUCAUGGAUGAAAAUCCGGCUGGCUUCCACUCAAUUUGAUUAGUUCCGAUUGGUAGUGGCAGUGUGCAGAAGGUAUAAGUUGAUGAAAUGGAUAUUUUACUUCAUUGCUCUUCGAUUUUACGUAAAUAUGAUGUUUCCGCUCAAAGUUGAGUGUAUUGUGUUGACUUUAUCCAUUUCAGAUGAAAUUAUGGAAAUUUGUUUAAGUAUGUAAUUAUGACCAAGAGUAUUGCUUGUUAAAGAGGUGUAUUAGCCUACUCAUAUCACUGUUUAUGUGACUUAUUAAAAGUGGUACGGUAUUCUCUGUAUGUAAUUUUAAAAAUCAAGUCAUGUUGUUUUUUCCUGUAUCAUUGUAUUAUGUAACCCAUUAUCAUCUGCAAAUGUGUGAAAACUUUCUUCAUGGCUGUCCCUGGUAAUACCUGCUGUCAGUUAAUAGAUGAGAAUUGUUCG